CUUUUUAAGACAUUCAUUCACCAUUUUCUCCAUCUUCAUUCACUUGCAAGACUCCUCCAUAGAUAUGCUGGUGGUGACCCUCUUGCAGUUCGAGUUAGCUGUUGCAUCUUUCUGAUUUUACCUGCCACUGCUUUUCCCGUUUGUUGCACUUCAGAGGGCUUGUGAUUGUUCAACUACAUAUUCAAUUGCAUUUAAGUAAGGAGUUUUGUCUUGAAAGGACCUUAUCUUCGCCGCAGCAGCCAUGAAAGGAAAGAACAGGAGAAGUGGUGGUGCUAUCCAUAUGGAGUACCUCAUUCACAUUCAGGAGAUUAAGCCUUGGCCCCCAUCACAGUCUCUCAGAUCACUUCGUUCUGUGUUGAUACAAUGGGAGAAUGGUGAACGCUCUUCGGGGUCUACCGGUGUAGUUUCACCUUCGCUUGGUCCUAAUUCUGCUGCCGGUGAGGGAAAACUCGAGUUUAACGAGUCGUUUAGGCUUCCUGUAACUCUGUCAAGGGAUAUGUCUAUUCGAAAUAGUACUGCUGCUGUGUUCCAGAAGAAUUGCUUGGAGUUUCACUUGCAUGAAACUCGAAGAGAUAAGACCACUAAAGGGCAGUUACUGGGGACUGCCAUCAUAGACUUGGCAGAUUGUGGCGUGCUUAGAGAGACCUUGAGCAUUCGUACGCCAUUGAACUGCCAGAGGAACUACAGAAACACAGAUCAGCCACUUUUGUUCAUUCAAAUUGAGCCUGUUGAAAAGAGCUGCCCUAAGUCCUCCUUGAAGGACAGCUUGUCAAAGGAGGUGACAAAGGGAAAUAAUGGCAGUGAAUCUAUAUCAGAAUUGAUGAAUGGAGAGUAUGCUGAGGAAGCUGAGAUUGCCUCAUCUACUGAUGAUGAUGUUUCAUCUCAUUCAUCUGCGGCCGCAGUCACUACUUCCUCUGAGUCUAGCGCGUGUAUGCCCCCCGAACAUGAAGAGAAUGCACCAAAUGGACCAGCUCAAAACAGUGGUAGGAAUGACAAGGAGCAUGAGCAUCCCUUGGCCUCAGAGACAAGAGUUGAGAAGUUGAAUGAGAUGGAACAAGAUGCAUAUGAGAGACUGGAGAGGAGUUCAUCCUAUGUGUCCUCCAAAAUUGGGAGUCCAGUAAAUGGUCAUACCUCUAUUACAAGUACUCCAAAUCAUAGAUCAGCAACAACCCCAAAGCAGGCUGCUUCUUUGAAUGCUGAUUCUUCGUCCCCAAUCUUGGAGGAAAAUUCUAAGAGCAGGUCCAUAAGCAGUGAUGAUGAAAAUUUGGAUCAGGAGGGUUGUGAAAAAGUUUCCAAUGGUAGAAAUAUGAGUACAGGUGUUCAAAUAAACAAUGACGAAAGUGAUUUUGACAUCUAUUCUAGCAACACUACAUCUCUAGACAGUAAUUACCUCGUGGACAAGAAUCCAAGCUUUGGUUUGGGAACCAAAGACAACUUAAGUGAAAUGUUUCAUUCUGAUAAGCAAUAUCAUGUAGAAGAUGAAUCGGUGGCACAAGGUGUGAAAGAUCAAGUUAAUUUGAGUAGCAAUUCAUAUUCUUUAGGUGGGUUAGAUAAUGGUAUGAAAGGCAAUGUUCUGAAAAAUGAAAGAUUAAAGCAUGUGAGGUCUGUAAGAUCAUCAGCCGACUCAGUUAGGUCUAUUGGGUCACUUGGUAACAAUCAUCUCGCUGAGGUAAAGGAAAAUGGUGUUAAUGGAGAUACCCAAAAUAAUGGAGGGAACAUUAGAAGCAGUGACAGAAAAGAUGCCAAGGUUUAUCCAAGGGAAGCCAGAAAUGCCAUUUUAGAUCGCAAGAUUGAGCACUUGGAAAACAAGAUAAAGAUGCUUGAAGGAGAGUUAAGAGAAGCUGCUGGUAUUGAGGCUGCUUUAUAUUCAGUAGUUGCUGAGCAUGGAAGCUCCACGAGUAAGGUUCAUGCCCCAGCUCGACGCCUUUCGAGGCUGUACCUUCAUGCUUGUAAAGAAAAUCUUCAAGCAAGAAGGGCUGGGGCAGCUAAAAGUGCUGUUUCAGGAUUAGCCCUUGUUGCAAAGGCAUGUGGAAAUGAUGUCCCAAGGUUAACAUUUUGGUUGUCUAAUUCUAUUGUGCUGAGAACAAUUAUAAGCAAAACUACCAAAGGCAUGACACCAUCUAAUCCUUCUGGAUCUAGUACAAGUAGGAGGAAUGGAGAAGGGAAUGACAAGGUAACACAACCAUUACUAUGGAGGGGGUUCUCUCAUAGAAAAACUGAAAAUACAGCUUUUGAAUAUGGAGGUAUAGGUAACUGGGAUGACCCAAAUGUGUUCACAUCAGCAUUGGAAAAGGUUGAAGCUUGGAUCUUCUCUCGCAUUGUGGAAUCUAUUUGGUGGCAGUCUUUGACUCCACAUAUGCAGCUUGCUGAUGCAAAGAUCACUCAUAAGGAUUCAGCAAAAAACUAUACAAAUAUGUCUAGUUCAUGCGAUCAAGAGUGGGGAAAUUUAUCACUAGAUAUUUGGAAGAAUGCUUUUAGAGAAGCCUGUGAAAGGCUUUGCCCUAUCCGAGCUGGAGGGCACGAGUGUGGCUGUUUGUCUGUGCUACCUAAAUUGAUAAUGGAGCAGUGUGUGGCUAGAUUAGAUGUUGCUAUGUUCAAUGCCAUUCUUCGGGAAUCUGAUGAUGAUAUUCCUACUGAUCCUGUAUCUGAUCCCAUUAGUGAUCCCAAGGUUCUCCCCAUUCCACCUGGUCAAUCAAGCUUUGGGGCUGGUGCACAGCUAAAAACUGCGAUUGGUAACUGGUCUAGAUGGCUGACUGGUCUAUUUGGUAUGGAUGAUGACGACCCACUUGAGGAUAUAGAUGAUAAUGACCUUGAUAGCAAUGAUGAAAGUCAAAAUACCUUCAAGUCCUUCCAUCUUCUUAAUGCUUUAAGCGACCUCCUGAUGCUUCCUAAGGAUAUGCUCUUAAAUGCAUCCAUCAGGAAAGAGGUGUGUCCAAUGUUUAGUGCAUCGCUAAUCAAGAAGAUUCUAGACAAUUUUGUCCCGGAUGAGUUUUGCCCUGAUCCAAUUCCCACUGAUGUUUUUGAAGCUCUGGACUCACAGGAUGAUCUUGAGGAUGAAAAUGAGUCUAUCAGCAACUUCCCCUGCAAUGCAGCUCCCACUGCAUAUUCCCCUCCACCAGCAGCUACCAUUACAAACAUUACUGGGGAGUUUGGAAGUGAAUCUCAGCUAAGAAGAAGCAAAUCUUCUGUUGUUAGGAAGUCAUACACCAGUGAUGAUGAGCUCGAUGAACUAAACUAUCCAUUAUCUUCCAUAUUGAAUAUUGGCUCAUCCUCAUCAGCAUCAACAAACUCCAACCGGAAGGGGAAAGACAGUCGCGAUGAAUCUGCCAUCAGAUAUGAACUCCUCAGGGAUGUUUGGAUGAACAGUGAAUGACCUUGCACAAAUUAGAUCUCACCCUUUUCCUGUAGCAUUCUUGGGUGUCAAUGUAAAAAGAAAGAUAUAUAUACUCUAGGUUUAACAGAACAAAAAGUAUUGAAAAACGAGAUGGUGCAAAUGGCAUGCAUAUAAAUAAUGAUGUACGAGUCAUUGCGUGUAUCGUACAAUAAGGUCAUGUGAGAUUAAUAUGAGUUGCUUAUUUACGUGAUUGGUUUUCA